AUGUUCGACUGUGAUUCCUCUCUCACCCUCCCUCUCUUCUCUCCAGUUCCUGGUCCGCCUGUCAGGUUGGUGUUUCCAGAAGUGCGUCUCACGUCUGUCAGGGUUGUCUGGCAACCUCCCUCAGAGCCAAACGGUAUCAUUAUGGGCUAUCAGAUUUCUUACCGUCUGGAUAUCAAUGAUCCCAACAAGUUCACCACAGUGGAGGUGGGGUCAAACGCACGUCAGUUCACUGUGACGGGAUUGAUCCCAGAGUCGGCGUACGUGUUCCAAAUCACAGCGCGCACUCAACAGGGCUGGGGACCCCCGGAGGAGGCCAUCGUCAUCACCACAGAAAAAAGAGAGCGUCCGCAGUCCCCUCGACGACUCGCCGUGCCUCAGAAAGGGGUGGAGUCUCAUAAGCUUCGUCUUCAUUGGACAGCGGGGGGAGACGGCUCUUCCCCAGUGCGCUACUUCACUCUGCAGACAUUAGAGCUGCCGGACGGCCAGUGGAAGACCCACACAUCCUCCAUCGGUCAUAAUAACACCUCCUGGGAGGUGGAGAGGCUGAAGCCGUACACCUCUUACAAAUUUAGAAUGAUGGCCACAAAUGAUGUGGGAGAAAGCGCCUUCAGCAAAGAAACAGAGCCAGUUACAACUCUGCAGGAUGUGCCCGAUGAAGCACCCGUCAUUUUGAACGUCAAACCUUCAACCACUACAUCUGUGAUCGUCCAGUGGCAGCCGCCCGCUGAGGGAACUGUCAACGGGAUUCUUGUGGGAUAUCGCGUGUAUUACCGGGAACUUCCACGUGAGAACAACCCAGACGAGCCAAAGACAGCAACCAACCAAUCAACAAUCAGUCCUGAGCUCAGAGCUAAGAGCACUUUUAAGACAGUGAGCAGCCCUUCAUUAACAGAAUUUGAAUUAACGCAGCUCAGCAAGUACAGAGGAUACACGAUUGUCAUGACGGCAUUUAAUGUUGUUGGAGAAAGCCCUUCAAGUGCACCUGUAGAGGUUUUUGUGGGAGAAGCUGCUCCUUCAGUGGCUCCUCAGAACAUUCAGGUGAAACCCGUGUCCUCCAGUCAACUGGACGUAGAGUGGCAGCCUCCACCCGUCGAGACACAAAAUGGAAAAAUUCAGGGAUACAAGAUCCAUUACUGGGAAAAGGACAGGCAGAAUGAGACGGAGAAGGAGCUAGUUUUGUUUGUGCCAGAUACAUCCGUGCACCUAAAGAACCUGACAUCCUACACCACUUACCAUGUACAACUGUCUGCAUUUAACACGGCGGGUGACGGGCCACUCAGUGCAGCCCGUAAAGGACGCACCCUGCAGGCUGCUCCUGGAGCACCCAGUCAUGUGGUGUUUUCGGAGGUGACGGGAAGCUCAGUGAAUGUGUCAUGGGGAGCUCCUCUGCAGCCCAAUGGAGUGGUGGAAGGAUACAGAGUGGUCUAUGAGCCCACCGCACCAGUUCAUGGUGUCAGUAAGACAGUUACAGUGGAGAUCAAGGGGAACUGGCAGCGCUGGCUGAAAGUUCGUGACCUGAAGAGGGCCGUGACAUAUCGCUUCAAGGUUCAGGCCAGAACCAUUGCUUACGGACCCGAACUGGAAGCCAAUGUCACUGCAGGACCAGUGGAAGGAUCCCCUGGUUCGCCCUUGCACACCUCAGUCACAAAAUCCGCUUCGGCUUUGACGCUUCAUUGGUCAGAGGGCGUAGAAGGGGCGGGACCCGUCACGGGAUAUGUCAUUGAGGCUCGUCCAUCAGAUGAAGGAUUAUGGGAUACAUUUGUCAAGCAUCUCCCACCUGGAAGCUUCUCGUACACCAUCAGUUUGGACCGCCUACGUUCAGGUGUGGCCUAUGAAUUCCGUGUCAUCGCGGUCAAUCGCUUGGGCUACGGCGACCCCAGUCAGCCUUCCACCGCUAUGUCUGCUCUGUCUGAAACGCCUUUCUAUGAGGAGUGGUGGUUCCUGAUCGUCAUGGCGUUGAUCAGUCUCAUUCUCAUCCUGAUGGUUGUGUUUGGUUUGCUGCUGCUCGGACAGAACAAGAAGUACAGGAGCUGUGGAACAGGAAAGCACAUCACUACGGUUGAAGAGUCUGUAACCCUUGACAACGGCGGCUUCACGGCCCUAGAGCUGAACAGCAGACAUUUGAACGUGAAGAGCUCUUUCUUAAAGAAGAAUGGAUCAAGGUCUCCUCCACGGCCCAGUCCAGGUGGGCUCCACUAUUCUGAUGAAGACAUCUGCAACAACUACAAUGGGGCUGUUUUAACAGAGAGCACCACCCUCACAGAGAAACCAACUGAGCUGUCUGAGUCAGAGGUGAGCGACAGCGACUACGAAGAUGAUCAGCCCAAGCACUCGUUUGUAAAUCACUACAUGAGCGACCCCACCUAUUACAACUCGUGGAAGCGGCAGCCCAAAAGCGUGAAGACCGGAGGAGGGUACGAGGAAUGUGCCAUGACGGAUGCAGAGGGGGGGUAUUAUCAGACUGUGGUGACCCAGCACAGCGUAGGGGGCGUCUACACCCCCACAGGGCAGCCCGCACCAGGAACACGCACUCCAGUUACCGGCUUCUCCUCGUUUGUCUAAUGAACCGAUGAAUUGAUACAAACGGGGGAGCCGGUGACGGAAAGUCCGGGACGAAUCAAACUGUCGGGAGUAACGACAAAGAAUGCUUUUUCACAGAAGUCUCUCGUUUCCCCCGAAGCGUGUAUUUUAGGCCUCCUCUCUUCAAGGAAGGGAGGGGGGUGUUGAAGUAACUUAUUGUUAACGUGUUAAUGAUUUUCGGAUGGAUUUUCGCAGAUUAACCAUGACCCAGAAGAAGCGGAGACUUUGCACUGUGAGACUCUUUAGCAAGAGGUGGUAUUAAUUUUAAAGACUCAAAGACCCUCAAAAACGGAUGAUGGGAAUUCCUUUGUUGUGAAUUCCCAUCCAUAGCAACCUUCCGGGAUUAGUCGUAGCGUGUGGGCAAACACACGCUUGAGUGAUUCAUUGAAUCCCGCUCUGAUCUCCAAAACUCGAAGUUGAAACAUCACCGAAAACUUGUACAGUGAGUGGUAGACUGGAACAAAAAUGUGUUUUGUGUGUGGUUUAUUCUCGUGUCUGGGACGGGCGGCAUCAUUCUGGACAAAAAGCAGCACUGAAAAUACUGCCUUUGCACACGUAUAGCUCUCUCUUAAACCAAAAGUGGGAAAAGAAAGAAAAUGUGUGCUCACAGCGGACCGUUUUCUUAGGUUAGCAAUACUGUAUGUAAAAUAUUCUGUAUGUGUGUAUAUUUUUAGGAUCAAUUUUGUACAAAAAAAACGAAGCGUUUUUACUGUAGAGUAGAUGUUUGUGCCAAGUCGAUGUAGUUCUUUAGUGAUACCCACAGCGGAUCAUUUCAGCAAGUCACAAUCCACACUGUUUGUUUGACUGGCUUGCAGUGUAUGUACAAUCCAGUCACCCAGAGAGAGGAUAAGAAAUGUGGGAAUUCGUCCUUCUAAUCCAAAUAUACACAUAUUUCUCAUCUCAAAUAUGAACAAAUAUUUAUUGCAGUAUGAAAGAGCAUCAGAGCUAAAUGGAAUACGGUACACGUGAUGGUAAAACGGGUGUGUGGAGGUUUUGUUGGUUGGAGUACAUCGAUGGUUAAAGAUAUAGGCUGGUAACCAAAAGGUUAUUAUGAGAUAAGGAGACCAUACAAUCAUAACUAUGUCAUGUGUCGUGUUCAAGUUAAUAUAUGACUUAUAAAGUCGAAACUAUGAUAUUAAAAAGUCAAAACUAUGACCGCAAUUAUUAUGAGAUAAAGUCAAAAUUAUGAGAUUGAAAGGCAAAAUUAUGUCGAACAAUUAUUACAUGAAAGUCAAAACAGAGAUAAAAAGUCAACAUCAAAAUUAUGAGAUAAAAAGUCAAUAUGAGAUAAAAUGUUGAAAAUAUGAGAUCAUAAUGGUAACCAAAAGGUUAUUAUGAGAUGAUGAUGUAUUCAAGUCCUGCUGAUACCAUGCAAUCAUAACUAUGUGAUGUGUGUUCAAGUCAAUAUAUGACAUAUAAAGUCGAAACUAUGACAUUAAAAAGUCAAAACUAUGACCGUAAUAAUUAUGAGAUUGAAAGGCAAAAUUAUGUCGAACAAUUAUGACAGUCAAAAUUAUUGAGUUGAAAACAAUUAUAACACGAAAGUCAAAACAGAGAUAAAAAGUCACGACACCAAGUCGACAAAAGUUAGCAUCAAAAUUAAGAGAUAAAAAGUCAAUAUGAGAUAAAAUGUUGAAAUUAUGAGAUCGUAAUGUGAGAUCAUAAUAUAAGCUGGUAACCAAAAGGUUAUUAUGAGAUCAUGAGACCAUUCAAUCAUAACUAUGUCAUGUGUGUUGUUCAAGUCAAUAUAUGACAUGUAAAGUUGAAACUAUGAUAUUAAAAACUCAAAAUAUGACUGUAAUAAUCAUGAGAUAAAGUCAAAAUUAUGAGAUUGAAAGGCAAAAUUAUGUCGACCAAUUAUGACAGUCAAAAUUAUUGACUUGAAAACAAUUAUAAAAUGACAACAAGCCAAAACAGAGAUAAAAAAUCACGACACCAAGUCAUUAUAACAUCAAAAAGUCAACAUCAAAAUUAUGAGAUAAAAAGUAAAUAUGCGAUAAAAUGUUGAAAUUAUGAGAUGAAAAAGUCAUUUUUUAUAAUUAUAUUAUAAUUAUGAUUUCGAACUUGACUUUUUAUCUAUGGAGCUUGAAUAUAAGAAGUUUCCCUGUAUUUUCGACUUUCGACAAGGUGGCAUUCAUGUGAAACUCAUAAGUGUGACCAUUCUGACAUGACUUGAACGCAACAUAUGGCUUAAAACAUACUCUACGCAAGUAUAUGAACAUGUGUCCAGUUAUGCAGUAUCGAUUUCACACGUUUCGUUCAGAACAGUUUUGUAAAGUAUCACUGUGAAUAGGUACUACAUUUGAAUUGACUUUGCAACCAUUAAAAAAGUACUAUGGGUAGAAUGAAUGCAAUUUGUACAUACCACAUCCGCCAUGUUGUUACUGUCAGGUGACCUACCAGCUUCAGUUAUGUCCAUUCACAAAUCCUCUAUUGACAAAUAAUAAAGUGUCCAUCGAAUACACACUUCAAAAUCUCAGUGGAAAUAAUAGGUCAUCCAGGGACUUUUCGUCUACCAUUUUCCAAUUCCAAAUAUUAUUCGGACAUUUGCUAUUCUGUUUUUCGCAUACUAUAAGGUAUAGGGAAGUAUUUGAUUUCAGACACAGCAGCUGCAUCUGAAAUCGCGUACUUCCCUAGUAUAGUAGGCAAAAAAACUGAAGUUUGUCCGAAUUCACAGUACUCACAAAAGAGUCGGCAAAAAUUAUCCGAAAGACAUAUUACGUAUACCCAUGAGGCCACGGGAGAAGAUUUGUGAACGUCAGUGAAGCGCAACUGACGCUGGAAGGUCACAUGAUAAUGACAACAUGGCAAAAGUACUGUAGUACGUCCAGAUUACAUUCAUACUAUGUAGAAUGUACUUUUUUAGCGUUCGUGAAGUAUUACUUAUUUAUGCGAGAGUAUGCGAUUUCGGACCGAGCCAGCAUAUGUGUCAUGGCGGAGUAACACUUUGAAGAGAUUGUAACUGCAUAAACAUCUGCUUGUGUAGAAUAUGGUUCCAUGGCUGAAGAAUCCAAUUCUAUUCUAUGCAUUUAUUGUCAUUUAAAACGGAGAAACAGACGAGGACAGAUUUCUGCCUGUGUUGAACAUCCAGAUGGGAAAUACCUAAUGUUACAUCCAAAGAUAGAGCUAUGCAAGGUGUUAUUGAUCGGAAUGAGUCAGAGAGAGUAAUAUGCACUUCAAAGCAGGUUGUUAACACUUUGAAAAGUUGUUACUGGAAUGUUAUGCCUCCUACAGCUGUAUUACCCACAAUGCAUGUUAUACAAUAUGCACCUGAGGGCAGCAUAAUGGAUUUAACUGGAUUACUCAUAAUUAAAAUGAGUAAGGGUCAAAAAAAGUAUGUGCAUUGUGACUUUACACUCACGAAAGUAAAGAAAAAAAUGAUGUUGGCCUUUAAAAACUCGUAUUAUUAUAGUAUGUGUCACUCUGGAUCUUUUAUAUUUUGCACUGGAAAGCACCACUCACAUUCAACUAAAAAUCCCCAAAUACUGUAGGCCACAUUAAGCCACACAUGCUCUAUAAAUGUGACUUUACUCAUGACAUGAGUAAUGUUGUGUUCAUAUUUUUGCUGCCAUUAUCCUCCUGGCUGGUAUUUUUACUUAUAACUUAUUGGUGACUAAAUGCCCAAAAUAGUGUGCUGUGUGUACAUGAUGCAGACAGCAGAAAUAUCAUCUCUUGUACUCUUAUGACACAUUCACUGAUGAGAUACGCAGUGGCCCCAAACAUAUUUGGACACUUAAUGAUGUGUGAAGGUUUUGCAUUACAUUUACAGAAUUUUUAAUAGUAUAAUGCAUUGACAUUCAUACAUUUUUAAGUGUGGUUUAAGUGUCCAACCCCUGGUUUCACAGACUGCUAGUCCCAUGCAUGCUUCAACUGAAAGCAACUGACAAUAUGGCAGUGCCGUUGUUUGUCUCAAGAUGUGCAUCAGUAAUGUUUUUAUUUUCUAAGGCACAUUUAAAUGUCCUUAUUGAACUAAGGCCUAAUCCUGGCUUAAUCUAAGCCCUGUCAGUAAAACCAGGCCAACAUGUUUUUUGGCUUACUGUAAAGAAAGAACACUGUAUCACUGUAUUCCUGAUAUCAUUGUAGUGCACUUGUUUUACUAUGAUUAAAUGGAUGAGAUACUCAUUUUACAGAAAA